GGCGGCGGCGGGAGGAUAUUUGAAGAUGAGAACUUUGGAAGAUUAGUUCAUAACCGCAGACACCAGAUUUCAAGGGCAUCAGCACAACACCGUGAACAUUUGGUAGUCUAUGCUCCGGGUCGUAGAAGGGAAAGAUGGCGCAGACAACUGUCACCACCGUCGGGAAACCCGUGAAUCGUAUGCGGCGCACGAGAAAGAAAGAAGCGGACCCAAAUCCCCUGUUCACCAAGUGGCUUCGGGAGUGGAAAGACGAGGCCGUGGCGAGCAACCGCAAAACCCAGCACGUCUUCGCCAAGGCUUUGAGGUCACUCAAGAAGUAUCCUCUGGUGCUGCACUCAGGCAAGGAAGCCAAGCUGCUGGAAUUUUUCGGGGACAAGCUCUGUGCCAUGCUUGACAAAAAGUUGGAGCAGCACAGGAAGGCGGGGCACGACAUUCCACUCCCCGACGCGGCCGCAGUGCCGUGCCCUCACCGCGAUGGCGGCGGUCCCCCGCAACAUUUGAGCCAUUCGCCGGGGGGUGCUGCCAGAAUGUCCAACGGUGCCGCGACCAAGACGGGCAAAGCAAGCCGCCCGAAACCUCAGCGGGGGCCGCGCCAGUACGUGCCGUUGCCGCGAAGUGGCGCCCACGCCAUCUUGCUGACAUUGGCUCGUCAGAGGAAAGAGGUUCUGGAGCAAGGAGGAGACCCCAGCCGUGAUUGGCUGACUAAGUCGCAGCUGUUGCUGAUGGCACAGCCCCUGUGUGACGCCUCUUUCACUGUGCCGCCAGCGGAUUCCCACUACACUGCAUGGAGCAGCAUGGCCACGCUACUGCGCAAAGGUCUUGUCUCUAAGCAGGGCUGUCCAGCAAAGUACAGCCUGACGGACGAGGGUCAGCGACUGGCCAGCUUGCUGCUCGAGCCAGGCAAGAACGGCUCGCAGAACACGCUGGCGAGCCCCGCGGAGCAGCCGACGCAAGAUCCGUGCUCCGCCGGAACUAGUUUGGGCAGCCUGAUGGAGAUGCCCCAGUCGCUCGAGGUUUUGAUGCUCGUCGACUGCGGUGAGGCUUGCGCGGGGUCUCAGGAACGUCUGAUUCGAGAACUGCGCUCGCUCGGAGUGGCCCACGAAAUCCGGCGGCUGAGCGUCGGAGACUUUGCCUGGCUGGGUCGAUCCAGGAGCGGCCUCUCGUGCCGGGAGUGGCUGCUCGGCCCGCUGGUGGAGCGGAAGCGCACCGACGACCUUGCCAAGAGCAUCCAAGAUGGACGCUUUCACGAACAGAAGGUACGUCUGGUUGCGUCGGGACUCUCCCCCCUCGUUUACCUGGUGGAAGAUGCAGGCGGCAACGGGGGAGGUGCUCUCCCCGAGGCAGCUCUUCGACAGGCAGUGCUCAACACUCAGGUCUCCGACGGCUUCCUGAUCAAGGCCACCCGAGACCAGGCCGACACCGCACGGUUCCUUGGCCUCGUGAGCAGGCACCUGGAGCGGCAGGUUGCAUCUCGCCCGCCUUCGGAGCUUCUCGCGGGGAAGCCCACCUGGGAGGAGUUUUCGGCCAGCUCCAUUAAGAACAAGGGUCUGCAGGUACGCGAGAUGUUGGCCAAGCACCUGUUGCAGAUCAAGGGCUUCUCGCUGGACAAGGUGUUGCGGCUGGUGCAAGAACACCCGUCUCCGGCCAGCCUGUUGGCAGCGUGUGAACGGUUGGACUUCAGUUUGAAGAGCAAGGCCACGACGUCCAAGGGCUCUGGGAUUGCCGCCAUCUCUGGGGAGCAUCUGAGUCGCAAACUGUGGUCGCUCUACUGCACCCGUGGACCUCUGCAGUGAAUGCUCCGUCACGCAGACGGCAGUCACGGGACCAGAGUCGUACAGACCGGGGAACAUUAUCGGACGUCGCGCACCGUUCAUUCGCGAGCCCAAUUCCUCCGUAAUAAAGGUUGCCAAGUAGUA